AGCGCGCGAACAACUGCCAAUGGCUCAAACAUUCAGCAGAGUGCCCGGGCAACUCUGAUUAUCGGUGUGGCGGCAGUGCUGAGGAGGACAUUAUGGUUUUCAGGCGAUUUCGUGGACAGCCAACUCCGCCAGAGCCAGCAGUCAUAGCCAGGGUUCGAAUGCACGAGGAGGAGGAUGGCUGGGCAGAGGUGGAGGAUGUGAAGCAGCGGUCUGGCACUGCUACGACAGACGAGGAAGGCCCAGAAGGCCCAGAAGCAGAGACCUGGGACUGGGCGCUGGAGGGAUCUUCAGAGGGCAGCGCGCAGUGGAUGUUAGAUGAUUUCCUUGUCGCAGAACCUCCCAGCGAGCAGCAGGAACCACGGAUCGAGGAGCCUGCAAAGAAUGAGAUCGUGACUGGUGCUGCGACAGAGAGAGUGGAGGAGCCGCCAGUACAAGAACCCGUUGAGGAGCAUGGCUAUCGUUGUCGUGGCUGCAAUACUUGCAUCUUCCGGGGCGCCGACAUUCUGUCUUCGAAUUACCAAGCCAUGACAGGGCCAGGCUACUUGAUUGAUGCCACUCAAAACACUGUGGCUUCCGAAGCAACACAGACGGUGAUGUACACAACUGGGUCCUACGUCAUUCGGGAAGUUUCGUGCGAGCUCUGUGACAACAAGUUGGGUGUCACCUACGUGGUGGCUCCAGAAGCGAAGAUGGAGUACAAGGUGGGCAAGUUCUUGCUGGGUGCAGACAGGCUGAUUUUGCCUCCUGGAGUUACACAUCCCAAGGUAGCGUAGAUGCUUUGUCUCCAACCGGUCCCUGGAAGCUUUAUGUCAUGCCUCCAAAAAGCACUGUUUCUGCCAAGCAUCACUUUGAAGCCAAAAGAGUUGUGAUGCAAAGGCGCGUCUUGUCUAAAUGCGCAGAAAUCUGAAAUCGCAGCUGACACUCUGGGACUUUCGCGCAGGUUUUCAAUCCCUGCUUUGUACAAACCGUUGCCAGAGUCGUUGCAAUUCCAGUGCUUUCGCCAGUGUUUCAAGCAAGCCGUGAAUGCCCAAAUUGGGCACAUUUCCCAAGCAUGCAUCGAAUGCCAACUGAUUCCUACUGGAAGAUUCAUGAGGGAAAGAAGGCUUGGCCGAAUCGAAGCAUCCAAAUGUCGGUUACAGCACACCGAGAAUUACAUUUCCUGCUUCUAGC